AUGUUAACAAGACGUAUAUUAUUUUCAAGAUAUUUUCAUGGACCAAGUUUAUAUAAAAGAUAUAUAUUAAUAAAAAAUGAUAUACCAGAAUUUAUAAAAAGAGUAAACUUUAAUUCUAUGCAAAAGAAUAACAAUGAUAAAGAUGAUAAAAUUAAAAAUUUAAACAUUCAAACUAAUAAAAAUGAAGAAUAUACUCAUACGAAGGAAAACUGUGACAAUAUAAAGAGUCCAUUCCUUAAUGAUAUCCUAAAAAUGCAUGAUAAAAAAAAUCCUGAUGCCAUCCCAAAUUUAAUCAUAGAUUUUUUCACUAAGGAAAGUACUGAUGAUAAAAAAAAAAAAUAUAUAAACGAAUAUAAGAAAGUACUACUUGAAUUUAUACAAUAUAAGAUUGAAUUUUCAAAAGAUGGUUCUAAUAAACAUCAGAUAAAAUUUGUAGAUAUAUUUUCUAUGCUAUAUUUUUGUUAUAUGGAAAGAAUAUACGAUUUGGACUUUUUGACAGAACUCAGUAAGCAAUUUGAUAAUAUAUAUAAAAGUAAAAAUACAAAGGAUUUAUUAAAUAAUAUAAAUAUAAAUUAUUUAAUGAUGAUGUUUUAUUAUUUUUCUUUUUUAAAACUGAGUAAUGGAACAUUAGAUAAUAUCUUAAGAGAUUUUAUAAUAAAUAAUGAAGAGGUAGAACCAGUACUAAUUUACAAAUAUUUUGAAUGUCUUAGCUUACUUAGUGAUGUGCAUGAUAAUAAUAAAAUUGUUCCUAUCAUAGAAAUAUUUAUAGAAAAUUUUUAUAAUUUUAAUAAUUACAUUUUGUUAAACAUAUUACAAUUCUUACAUAAAAUGAAGUUUUUUGAUAAAAACAUCUUUUCUCUCUUAACCAGAAAAAUAAACAAAAAUGUAUAUGAACAAAAUGCAAAUCUUUUUGAAGUAUGUAUGUUAUCACGCAUAUAUGCUCUAUAUAAAAAUGAAAAUAUAACUUUUAAUAAUUAUUUGCUUGACGAUUUAAUUCAAACCAUUACUAGGCAUGAAGACAAUUUUCAAAAUGAUGAAUUAUAUGAUGAAGAGGAUAAAGAACAUUACAACAAAGUUGACAAAGAGAAUGAUUCUUCUAAUAUAAAACAAUUAAAUAAUAAUAAUAAUAAUAAUAAUAAGGAUAAUGUAGAACAAUUUAAUAAUCCUGAUUCUAUAAAUGUUAAUAGUAAUAAUGAUUUAGAUAAAAAUAAUGAAACGAAUGAUAAUGGUAUACAUAAUUUAUAUAUACAAGAAAUUAAAAAUAUAAAUAGAGAUAAUUAUACACUAUUUAAAAAUAGCUUAUAUAAUGAUGGAUUAAAUUUUUAUUCCUUCUUUUUAAAUUCAAAAUCAACUAAUAAAAAUUUAUUCAAAAAGAAAGAAAAUAUUCAUAUUGAAAUUAAUAAUGAUAAAAAAAAAUCAACAUCUAAAAUGUUACAUAUGUCACAAUGGGACAAAUUAUUUUUUUAUGAAGAUUAUAAAACGAAAGAUAUAAAAAAUGAACCAUUUAUUAACAUGCACAACAACAAAAAUGGUAAUAAUAAUAAUAAUAAUAAUAAAAAUAAAAUUAUUGACAAUAAGGAAAAUUUACAUAUUGAUAAAUUUAUUAAUAUGUAUAAUGAUUUUAUAAGAGAAAAUUUGUAUUAUGAAUUUAACCACCAAAAAAUGAUUGAUGUGUUUAGAAAUAUAUGUAUUCAUUUGGAUAAUACAAAAAUUGAAAUAUACAUAAAUAAAAAGGAUAACAUUUUAUUAUGUAAUAAUAAUCAAAUAUGUAGAUAUCGAAAGAAACUCUUAUUUAUAGAUAAUUAUUAUAUUGGUCAUAUAUUCUAUAUAAUCGAUUCUAUGUUAUUAUUAAAUAUGCAUCACAAUUCUUCAAAUUUUAAUAAAUUACAAAAUAAAGUUCUUAAUUUAAUAAAAAAUAAUGAAACAUAUAUAAUUGAUAAUUUUGAUAGUAAAGAAAUUAAAAGUGUAUUAAUAUUUUUAGUACAUACAGAUAGAUAUUAUAAAGAAUCAUUCAUAUAUUCUAUUACUCAUAGAAUUAUCGACUUAUAUAUUAAUAACUUAUGUGAUGCAAAAACAUUAUCUAUAUAUUUGUAUAAUCUUUUAGCAUUUACAAAACAAACAAUUGUUAAAAAAAAUAGAUUUAACCAUACUAUUAAAAAUGUUGUAUACAAUACUUAUUUAUGGUUAAAUAAUAAUAAAAACGUAUCUAAUGAACAAGGACAAAAUAAGAAAAUCUUAUUUUAUAAUAAUAUAAAAGUCACAAAUUACACACUUUUACAAAUUUUAUCUAUAUAUGUUUGUAAAAAUGUUUACUUUAUUAGCUUACCAAUAUUGGCAUCCCUAUUAAGAUCAUUUUCUUAUUUAUCAUUUAAUGACAUUAAUUUUUAUAAUGUAUUUAUACCCUUAUUCCUAAAGCAUAUUAAGUAUUUAAAAAAUGUGGAUAUUCUGAACAUAACACAAGCUUAUAAUAGGCAGAAAAUUAAUAAUAAAUACUUUUAUUAUUUGUUAUCAAAACAAUACCAAAAUGCUAAUUCGAAAGACAAUAAAAAAUCUAGUGUUGAAGUUAAGUUAAUUGGAUAG